GCCGUCAGACGGGCGAUGCCGGCAGCCGUGCCACGGGGGAGUCGGUCCCGCCGGCCCGCCGAGCCGCCCCACGCCGCCCCAGAUUUCCUCCCCUGCGGGCGAGGCCGUGGCCGCCGCGGCCCGGCCCGGCCCGGCCCGCCCCGGCAGCCCGCCGGCGGGAGGAGGAGGCCGGCCCGCCCGCAGCCCGCCUCUCCGCCCGAGCCGGCCCCGGCCCCGCCAAGCCGGCUCCAGCCUCUGUCCCCCUCCCGCGCCCCGCAGGCCCCGGCAGCGGGGGCGGGAGUGCGGGGAGGCCGCCGGCGGCGCUGUAGCGCGGAGCGGUCCGCGGGCAGCGGGGGGCGGGCGGCUGCUCCUCCUCCUCCGCCUCCUCCCUCCGCGCUGGGGUGGGCUCGGCCGCGGCAGCCGGGCUUCGCUGCCGUGCCCUGCCCUGCCCUGCCGCGCCGCGCCGCCUGUGCGAUGGACUGGCAGGUGCUGACCAGGGAGCUCUCCCUCUACCUGGAGAACCAGGUCCGCGUUGGGCUCUUCGGCUCCGGCGUGGGCUUGUCCCUGGUGCUGGGCUUCGGCGUCGCCUAUGCCUGCUACUACCUCAGCAGCAUCGCCAAGAAACCCCAGCUGGUGGCCAGCAAUGACCGUUUCUGCCGCUUUCUCGAGGAAUAUUGCCCUGUUGUGACAGAAACUUACUAUCCCACGAUUUGGUGCUGGGAAGGUCGCGUGCAGACACUCCUGCGUCCCUUUAUCACCUCUAGACCCCAAGUACAGUACAGGAAUGAGCUCAUUAAAACAGCAGAUGGAGGACAGAUUUCGUUGGAUUGGUUUGAUAAUAAUGACAGCUUAUAUUAUCCGGAUGCCAGCACAAGACCCACUGUCCUGCUAUUGCCUGGCCUGACAGGAACGAGCAAGGAAUCCUACAUUCUUCAUAUGAUCCAUCAGAGCGAAAUGCUGGGAUAUAGAUGCGUGGUUUUUAACAAUCGGGGAAUUGCUGGUGAGGAUCUUUUGACACCAAGGACUUACUGUGCAGCUAACACAGAGGAUUUAGAGGCCGUUAUUCAUCAUGUACACAGCUUGCACCCCUCAGCUCCAUUCAUGGCAGCCGGUGUUUCUAUGGGAGGCAUGCUUCUUUUAAAUUACCUGGGCAAAACUGGCAGAGACACUCCUUUAAUGGCAGCUGCAAUUUUCUCUGCGGGUUGGAAUGUUUUUGAAUCUGUAGAAUCUCUGGAGAAGCCACUAAACUGGCUUCUUUUCAACUAUUACUUGACUACUUGUCUACAAUCCUCUAUCAGCAGGCAUCGACAAAUGUUGGAGAAAUUAUUUGAUAUGGAUCUCGUGAUGAAGGCUAGAACUGUGAGAGAAUUUGAUAAGCAGUUCACUUCAGUCAUGUUUGGCUACCGUACAAUUGAUGAUUACUAUGAAGAUGCUAGCCCAUGUCGCAAGCUGAAGUCAGUAGGAAUUCCAGUGUUAUGUCUAAACUCUGUGGAUGAUGUUUUCUCACCAGGUCAUGCUAUACCAGUAGAAACUGCCAAACAAAAUGCAAACGUUGCUUUGGUUCUGACUUCGUGCGGAGGCCACAUUGGUUUUCUGGAAGGAAUAUGGCCGAGGAAGUGCACUUACAUGGACAGAGUCUUCAAGCAGUUUGUGCAAGCUGUGUUUGAGCAUGGAAACAAAAUCUUUAGCAUGUAGCUUUGGACCACUAUUAGAGCACAGUGGCACAUUCUGACAAGGGCAGUUAAGCUUAAUGCACAAAUUUUAACUCCUGUAAGCCAGCAAAUGGAUAAAGUCCAUUACUACAUGCAAAAAUAUUUUUUGCCUAAGAUUUUGUAGCAAGAAACUAAAUAUUAUGUUGUCACUUUUAUAUUUAUUUUUAAUAUGCCUUACUAAGAAUGACCUUAAAUGAAACAACAUUCUGCAUACGUCAAAUUGCACUUAACCAAACCAUCAAGUAAACAGAUUAUAAUUCCUCAGGAUUUUAAUUUAAACCAGUACGUAUUUAGGAGACUUGAUUUAUAUGGCUUUUAAUAUUAGAAUGGUGACACUCAACAUAUAUUAUCCUGUUGCACAUAGUACAAGUUGGCCCGUUCCUUAGGGCACUGAUGGUAAAAAGCUUAAAAUAUGAAAACAAAAGAAGGAGGGACCACAGAGAAGCACUGGUUCUUCAUAUAAGACAAAACUUCAGCAUGUUAUUCCAUGGCAUUAGAUUGAUACCUGCUUUUGCUGUUCUACCAUGACAGUAUUCAGAUUUAGGGCUAGUUAUUGUUUUUUAAACUAUGUUGAUGCCGUACUUGUUUUACAUAAUUAUUUUUUAAACAGCUAAUUUAUAGUGUUUACAUAUAACCAAAAGAUUCCUUUAAAACAGUACUGUAAUAACUUAUGUAAUUAAAAGACAUCUUGCAUUUCAAAGUUCACUUAAAGCUGGGUGUUGUCGUAGAAUGUACUACAUACUUCAUAUAACUGGUAAACUCGAUGAUUCUAUCUGUUAUAUUACCCUGCAAGACCUUUUCAGUUUUGAAGAAUAAACAUUAGAACAUCAGGAAAUUAUGCUAUAAUCUGCUUUAAAUUAAAAAAAAAAAAAAAAUCAGAACCCUUUGUCUCUGCUAUUGUUUCAGAUAAUUUCUAAAAAUAAAGUAACAAACUGUUUAAAGAAGGCUGGGAGCUGGGUGGGGAUGGGAGCCCCAUCUCUCUGCUUAGUUUAUUUGAUCCUUUGUCAGCACUUUGGCAACAGGUUGUCAAAUCAUUGAAGCCUUUGCAAACAGGUUUCUGCCCUAGCGGCUUACAAGUUUGCGAGGCUGACUGGGGCAUCACUGUUCUCAGCCCUGAAACAGCGUGAGAGCCAACGUGGACCUCUGAGGAAAAAGGACAGUUGGGUAGAAUGUAUUUUGAAACUGUUGGGAAGUCCUAAUUUAGGGCAUACUGAAAUAAAAAAGAAAAAAGCUUUUAACCAGCUUCUGUGGAGCUCCCACCUUGUGCUGACCACUGAUUUGGGCCUGGCCACACAAGACAAGUCAGUAAAGAUGCCUUUGCAUUUUUAUCUUUUGAGCAGGGUCAGUACAAAAAGAAAAUGCAGAUUAAAACAAAGCAAGUCAGGUCUUUUGUCUCAAGCAGUACGUGAACAGUCCUCUCGAAAGGCAUGUUUCCUAGUAACAGCAAAGGAAGAACAAAAAUACUUUUUGUCUUUAGAAAAAAGAAAUUGGGACAUGCUUUACGAAAGCUCAUUUUGUAAGGUGGAAGGUUAAAUUAAAAAAUUAGAAAGUGCUUUCAAGUGUUGACUUUUCAGACAAGCAUUGGCCCUUGCCCAAAUAAUAAAAUCUGGUUUUUUCUCUAAUGAGGAAAAUGAGAAAAAUGACUUGUAAAAGCAAAAUGAAAAUUUGUGCAUGUUACUACAAUACAUUAAAUCAGCAUAUUAGUAGGGUGCCUUGUUUAUUCUGACAUUCAUUUCCAGUUUUUAUGUUCAUACAAAAACAAUGAGCAAUAAAUAGUGUUUUGAGCAUUAUAUUUGUAACAUUGGGUGCAGUACUGUUCAAAACUCAGCAUCAAGUAUUAAUAAAAAUAAAACCACUUAUCUUAAAAGCACACUGUACCAUUUAAAUAAAAGUAACGUGAUUAACGGCAGAA